AUGGGGGCGAGUGAGAGCGAGGGCACGAAUGCUAGGUGGAGCGGCGCAAGGCCGAGCAGGAUGACGCAGGGCGUGCGGCACUCGGUGGGCAUCGCGCUGCUGCUCGUGACAGUGGUGCUAUGGACCGCGAGCAACUUUCUGGCGAGCACCAUCUUCGCAGACGACAGCUACUCGAAACCCUACUUCGUGACCUACGUCAAUACGGCCUUCUUCGUCAUCCCGCUGAUCCCGAUCCUGGCAAGGAAAGCGCGCGACGACCCCGCGCAACUGCACGAUUUCGCGCGCGCGGUGCAGCAGAAGCUGGGGCUGAGCGGGGCCGGCGCCGCGGCGUGGUACACGCGGGCCAAGGAGCGGGAGGAGACGGUUGCGGCCGAGGAGCGGGAGGCGUUUAUCGGGGAGGCGGGGCGGGACGACGCGACUGCGGAGGGGGGGCAGGUUGGUGGUGCUGGCGCCGAGGCCGAGGAGGAGGAGGGCCUCGACUUCAUGGCCACGGCGAAGCUGAGCAUCGAGUUUUGCUGCCUGUGGUUCUUGGCAAACUACUUCACCGCCGCGUGCCUGCACUACACGACGGUAGCCAGCAGCACGAUCCUCACAUCCACCAGCAGCAUCUGGACGCUACUGGCGGGCGCCUUCAUCGGCAUCGAGCGCUUCACGCUGCGCAAGCUUCUGGGGGUACUCGCCUCACUCCUCGGCAUCGUGCUCAUCAGCACCGUCGACAUCAGCGGCACAAACUCCGACGACGCCAACCGCGGCAGCUUCCCGUCCAAGACGCCAGGUGAGCUGGCAACGGGCGACGCGCUGGCCUUCCUCUCAGCCGUGCUGUACGGCUUCUACGCCGUGACGAUGAAGGCGCGCAUCGGCGACGAGCGGCGCGUCAGCAUGCCGCUGUUCUUCGGGCUCGUCGGGCUCUUCAACGUGCUCCUUCUCUGGCCGGGGCUGGUGGUGCUGCACGUUACGGGCAUCGAGACGUUCGCGAUGCCCCCCACCGGCAAGAUCUGGGCGAUCGUCCUGAUCAAUAGCACUAGCUCGCUGGUCAGCGAUUUCUGCUGGGCUUACGCUAUGCUGCUCACCAGUCCGCUGGUCGUCACGGUCGGCCUCAGCAUGACGAUCCCGUGUAGCUUGAUUGGCCAGGUCCUGAUUAAUGGCCAGACGGCGCAUUGGGCGUAUUGGGUGGGCGCGGCGGUGGUGGUGGGCAGUUUUGUGUUUGUGAAUCAUGAGGAGAAUAGGGAUGAGGAUGCGGAUGGGGAUGGGGAUGGGGGUAAGGCGGGGCAUGGGCAGGGGCUGGGGCGGGGGGACGCGCUUGGUGAGGGCAUUUUGGCGGGAGAGGCGAGGAGGGCGGGGGGCGAGUGA